CCUCUUGGUUCACCUCUGCCUGCCGCCACGCUGACCCGCCCACGCUGCUGAGUUAGAGGCGCCACAGCAAGGGCCUUUACACAGCUGACAGGGGAACACUGCUCGCCAACACAGGCACACUACAGGCUGGGGAGGGAAGGUGAUGGCACCCAUGGUAGUGCUGGGAUCCCAGGAUGCCCUGCCCGGUCGCUACUGGGGCGAGGGGCAGGGGCCAACAGCAAGCCCCAGCCAGGCAUCCAUUCUCCUGGCUCGCAUCAACAGCCGUGCCCGGGAGAGGAAGGCUGGGAGGCUGAGCGUGGGGCAAGGAGAGGAGGAAGGACUAGCAGAGGGGCUGAGUACUCUAAAACACACAAAUCUGGAUGUACAAAAUGUGACACCAAGGAAAGAGACAAAGGGACAGAUGGAGAUGACACCCAAGGAUCAGCCAGUUGAUGCUGCAUCCCCACCCAUUGCUAAGGUGGAGCCGAGGGUGAAUGGAGUGAGAACAGAGGAAGCUUCUUCUUCAGAUAUGGAGACUGUAAAGAAAAAGAAGAGGAAAAAGAAAGAUUCAGAGGGUGAAGAAAAUAAAGGUGUCUUAGAAACUCCAGAAAUACCAGAAGCACUAAAAGAAGAAUGUGCUGGAGCUCCAGUAAUCAAGAAGAAGAAGAAGAGGAAGAAGGAAGGAGAAGAAUCACAGAUAGAUGAGGAAAAUUCACAGUCUGGCAUAGCUGAAACUGAAAAGGAGGAGGCUGAACUGAUAAAGAAAAAGAAAAAGAAGAGACAUAAAGAAAUAGAAAAUAAGGAAGAAAGUAUCAGUGUAAAGACAGAAGAGGGAUGUGUGAUACAGAUAGAAACGGAAAAUAAGCAUGAGGAACAUGUGAAAAUAAAUGGUGAUAAGGUAGGAGACUCUAGCUAUCUCUGUGAAAACCAAAGAAAGAAGAAAAAGAAGAAUAGAGGAGAUGAAGAAAGUGAGAAAACAGUCAGUAAGGAAAUGGAAGACACUCAAACACUCAGCAGCUCACAACAGGAAGAAGACAUUCACUCAAGUUCACCAAGAAAGAAGAAGAAGAAGGACAAGAAACAGGAAUCAAAGGAAGAAACUUUAGAAAAAUCAAAGAGUAAUCAAGAUCUCUCCCCACUUAAGGUGCCAAAAAUUGAGAUCAAAGAGGAGAUAACAGACACAUUAGAAGAUAGACAGACAGGGGUUAGGAUGGAAGAAAACCACACUGACAAUCAUGCAGGAGUAAAUGAAGAGGCAGAAAGGAAGGAUGACAAGAAUGCUAAGAUGGAUAAAAAGAAAGCUAAGAAGCAGAAGAAAGAUAAGAAAAAGAAGAAUAAGAAAGAUAAACUCAAGAAUAGAGAAGUAGGAGGUUUCACUCUCUUGACAGAAGUAGAGGCAACUAAAAGACAAAAGGUUCAGCGCACCCUACCACACUGGCUAGCAAACCCCACAGUGAUUGGCCGAGACCUGAUGGCUGAUGGUGCUCCGGUGGACUCCCUGCCUGGCCUUGAUGCAUCCCUGGUAGACACCCUCAAACAGCAGAAGAUCCAACAGCUGUUCCCGGUGCAGAGGGCUGUAAUUCCUGAGAUCCUGGCCAGUGCUGGACCCUUAUCCUGCAGGUACCGGCCAAGAGAUGUGUGUGUGUCGGCCCCCACCGGCAGUGGCAAGACCCUGGCCUAUGUGCUGCCUCUUGUCCAGGCCCUCAAGAGCCGCACUGUACCCAGGAUACGUGCCCUUGUCCUCCUCCCAGUGCAGGAGCUGGCCACUCAGGUGUACCACGUGUUCCAGUUGUACUGCAAGGGUACCCCAUUGCGUGUUGGUAAGGCAGUGGGCCACUCCACCCUGCAGAAGGAGCAGGCGUCCCUUGUAGUGCACCACCUUGGGUGCCACCACUCCCUUGUUGACAUCCUGGUGGCCACGCCUGGCAGGCUGGCAGACCACCUCAGGAUGACGCAUGGAUUGGAUCUCUCUGCACUAAGGUACUUGGUGCUGGAUGAGGCUGACCGUAUGCUGGCAGCUGAGGGUGGGGACUGGGUGGGCCACAUCCAGCGGGCCAUUGCAGACCACCAGGCCAAGCAGGAGAACCAGCUGCUGCUCCAGCCAUCACUUCAGCGUCUGUUAUUCUCAGCCACACUGUCCAGUGACCCUGAGCAGCUGCAGCACGUCACCCUUCAUCACCCAAAGCUGUUCACUGUGGCUGCCCCUGCUGCAGGUCAGGACAAGUCGGUGGCGGUGGUGAUGGGCCAGUUUGUCCGACCUGCCGAGCUGAGGGAGGAGUUUGUGGUGGUUGAGGAGGAGGUGAAGCCGCUGGCCCUCCACCACCUGCUGGUGUCCGGGGAGGGACGGCAGAGAGUCCUUGUGUUCACCAACUCUGUCCAGGCCACACACAAGCUGGCCCUUCUCCUGGCUGCCCUCUCAGAAGGCAGUGGAAGAGUGGUGGCAGAAUUCUCCAGCAAGAGGGACAAACGGCAGCAGAUACUUUCACAGUUCACAGCAGGAAAGAUCGAUGUGCUGGUGUCCAGUGAUGCCAUGGCACGAGGGUUGGACAUACCCGACAUUGACCACGUGGUGUCCUACGAUGUUACUGCUGCCACCACGUACGUCCACCGUAUUGGCCGCACAGCCAGGGCAGGUCGGCCUGGCACUGCCCUCUCCCUUGUCACCAAGACAACACUUACAGAGUUCCGGAGGGCACUGUCUGGUGGGGGUGAGGGUGCAUCACAACUUGCUCUCACCCCUGAGGAGUUGGAGCCUUAUGAGCAGCAGUACAUUGAUUCCCUGGCAACCCUCAAGAAGACAUUGGAGGAAGAGGAGCGACAAAAGCGCCAGAACCAGACUAAUGGGAAGGCCAAAAAGAGUAAAAAGAAGCAAAAGCAGAGGCAGAGGAAGCAAAAGAGAGACAAGAGAGCUGCUCGGUUGGCAAGCAACAAAAGUGAGGGCAAGAGGAAAGUCACCGUAAAUGCAAAUCGUUUACAGCAUCACUAGAAAGAUUAGAUUCUUACAAACUGUGGGGUAUCAUGUGUAGUCAAGGAGUGAAAGAAUGAAUGCAACAAAAAAGUUAAUCCUGCCUGGUUCUGGCCAGUGUGAAUGGAUGUGGUCUGGUGCAAGCAAUUGGUACCUGUCUUUUGCUGUUUUUUAUUGGGUCAGUUAGGGUGAUGGGUGAUGGUGGCUGUUUUGUACUAUCAUCCAUGUGAGGAUUAAAUGAACUGUGAUUGUUAUUUUCAUUUGAACAUCAAAUAGAUUAUUUGUGUCUUUUAA